AUGAAGGUGUUCGUGUUUCUGCUUGCCGUGAGUGCCGCGUGUGCCUUCCCGGAGAGCCUCCUGGCCCCGGGAUUGCCGAUGGAGGAGGGACCCGGAGAGGAGUUCAUGCCUGUGAUCGACAAUAAGGAGUGGGCAAUGGUGCCAGAUGCCCAGGGAAAGUUCCACAUCGUCAACGUGAAUGAGGCUCUGAAUCAGGAGCCAGAGAACUUCUUCAACCCUGAAACCGAUGUCCACUUCCUGCUCUUCACCCAGAGCAAUCCGACCAAUGGACAGACUGUGAUCAGGAACAAUGCCGCCUCUCUUGCCAACUCCAACUUCAAUCCCAGCCAUCCCACGAGAUUCCUCAUCCACGGCUGGAACGGAAGCCCUGGGGCAGCUUCCAAUACCCUCGCACGCGCCGCCUUCAUGCAGCGCGGAAACUUCAACGUCUUCGUCGUGGAUUGGAGCGCUGGUGCCCAGACUAUUAACUACAUCACGGCCAGGAAUCGCGUCGGCCCAACUGGAGCCAUUGUUGGUAACUUCAUUCACUUCAUCGUGAACUCAGGCGGCGCUCAGAGGGCUCACAUCUCCGUUAUUGGACACAGCUUGGGUGCUCAUGUGGCCGGAUUCGCGGGAAAGAAUCAUCCGCCUCCAAACCAGCUUGCUAGUGUUGUUGGUCUGGAUCCUGCCUGGCCUCUGUUCAGCGCUGAUGACACCACGACUCGCAUGGACCGCGGAGACGCAGCUUUUGUAGAAUCUUCUCACACAAACGCUGGUGUUCUCGGCUUCACUGUUCCCAUUGGAGACGCCACUUACUAUCCUAAUGGCGGAAGCUCUCAGCCCGGAUGUGGCAUUGACGUUUCCGGUGCUUGUGCUCACGCUCGCUCUAACCACUUCUAUGCUGAGUCCAUCAACACGAACACGCACUUCUAUGCUGUUCUUUGUCCUGGAGGAUAUGACCAGAUCCUGGCCGGCACCUGUCCACAGACCGGAGCCAGCAGAAGGAAGAGUGGAGAGCCAUUAGAUCCUUCCCAGCAUGGUGUCUUCUGGCUACCCACAAACAGUGCUUCUCCUUUCGCCAUGGGACGCAUUUAA